CAAACAAAACUCCCCAACUUGCGACUCUUCCUUAUUUUUGUUUUUCUUCUCCGGCGAACCUCGCCCAUUUCAUCUUGACACUUUUAGUUCUUGUUCUCCCCGAUUGACGACAGCAACGACCAUUGAUACCCUAACUAUCAUUUGCUUGUGUUUUUCAAGAUUUCAUUUAUCUAAUUCUUAGUACUUUGUUUCCCCUAAACAAACCGCAACCGUCAAAAUGGUUUUGCACAACCCCAACAACUGGCACUGGGUCAACAAGGAUGCCACCUCGUGGGCCAAGCAGUGGUUUGAGGACAACCUCACCAAGCUUGAGGCCAAGGAGGGAGAUGUGACUGCCAAGAUUAGCAAGGUUAUUAGCAUGGAUGGAGAUGUCGAUGUUGCGCAGCGCAAGGGCAAGGUGAUCACCAUUUUUGAUGUCAAGUUAACCCUGGAGUACACAGGCUCCACUGCCACCGACGACAAUGUUUCGGGCACCAUUACCGUUCCCGAGGUGUCUCAUGAGUUGGACGAGGACGAGUUCGUUUUCGAUAUUGAUAUCUACUCGGAUGCCAACGAGAAGAGGCCCGUCAAGGACCUUGUGCGCAACAAGCUUGUUCCCCAGCUCCGUAAGGAGUUCUUGAAGCUCUCCCCGGCGCUCAUCGCUGAGCACGGCAAGGACAUCCAGCAUGCUCCCGGUUCCAACCCCUCGAGCGGCUUCUCCACCCCCAAGUUCGUGCCUCAGCCUGCCUCCUCGAGCGCCCGCGCUGUCACCACCACUUCCUCCUCCUCCUCAUCCUCGGCGAUCAACACGACGACAGUUGUAGACUCGGCUGAGUUCCGCACAAGCGCAGACGAGCUCUACGCUACAUUCACUGACCCCGGCCGUCUCGCCGCUUUCACCCGCGCCCCUCCCAAGGUGUUUGAGGGUGCCAAGCCGGGCGGCAAGUUCGUGCUCUUUGACGGAAACGUUUCGGGCGAGUACGUCGAGCUCCAGGAGCCCACCAAGAUUGUCCAGAAGUGGCGUCUUGAGCAGUGGCCCCAGGGUCACUACUCGACCCUGAAGAUCGAGUUCGACCAGAACGACGUUGACAAGGUCACUGUUAUGCGCGUCGAGUGGACUGGCGUCCCCGUCGGCCAGGAGGAGAUUGUCAAGAACAACUGGAAUGAGUACUACGUCCGCAGCAUCAAGAGGACUUUUGGCUUCGGAACUAUCCUCUAAACCGGGAGUACAGAAUCAUAACAACACACACUUCAAAUGAAUGGGACCAAAUGAAUGACACGGCGUUUGUGGCGAAGCGAGUGGUUUGUGGGCAGGUUGAUCGAAUGGUUGGUUGGAACUGGCAUCAAUGGCAUUUUAGAGCAACUUUGGUGAACAAAUGCAAAAAUAAUUCAGCAUUCCUCAAUGGGCAUAUCCGCCAGCGACGACGACGAACGAAGCCGAUUAGAACAGGCAGAGUGGCUCAGCGAUCGGCGGCAACGACAGCGAACAUACGUGUCGUCACGGUAUAACGAGACAAGUAGCGACAAUCGAACUUGCAUUUGCGAGUUGCACUUUUGUGUUUUCCUUGUUCAAGGACGGUGGUGAAAACUCUGGGUGAAAAACACAACGGCAAGGUUGCCAGCGAUGCGCUUCGGCGUGUCAUUUGACAUUCAUGAUCAUUUCUCCCCCGUUGACAUGGAUGCAAGCUCUGGCAUAGAUUGAUACUUUGUUUGACCCAUUGCUGGGCACCCACGUUGAGAGAUCGUUCCGAUCUCAAAGAUGGGUGGGAAUCAGUGGAGGUUACAGUUCUUUGGCAAUGCUGUUUUGUCAUGAAGAGGAUGGGGUCUCCGGCAUGUGAGGUUUGUGAAGUUUGAUAACCUCGAAAGUCUGCCCUGAAUGGACUUUCACAGUACGUGUACCCCUCAGCUACCGCAAGUACUGAGUCGUAAGACAUUUAUGAAAGGCGUUAGCUAGGAAGAUGGGAAAAGCCCAUUGGACUCAUUUCUCACAAUCUGGUUGUGCACAUGCUCCAUGGUAUUCUCCAAAAGUACCAUGUUUAGUAUAUUUGGGUACAAGCGCUAGGUAGCCGAGCGAAUAUACUACUUUUAGCAGC